AUGCGAAAUUGCUACGGUAUCGAAGAGGACACACAAGAACUGCUGGAGAUUUUCAAGGUACCAUACAUCGUGAAGCAAUGGCUACUUUAUUCCGAAAACCCUGCUGACCUGAUCAAAUGUUUAAAGCAUCCGACUAAAUUUGGCGACACAUUGCCAAUGAGAGUGGAGCCAAGUAGUGCAAUUAUCCCGCAAGUGACUAAUGUGAGAGCUGCGAAAAUUCCGGACAAAAUUGUGUCAAGGACUACCUCUUCUCCGCCGAUAGCCAUUCACGAAGUCGAGAGGACCGACAUAAAUCAGACAGAUGACGUCAAUUUCUUGGUAUGGCUCUUGGCCACCUCUUCGUCUCUAGAGAAACAUCCAGAAUUUUCGGACAUACAGCUGAUCGAUUCGUUAGGACUCGAAAAAUCUCGACAUUCACAUCUCUUGCGGAUCUUCUACUGA